AUGCAAGUGGAAGAUAUAACGGAUACACAAGAGGGAGAUGAGGGGAAACAGAAUGCAGCAACAGCAGCAGCUGCAGCAGCAGCAGCAACUGCAACAACGGUAACAGCAGCUACAGCAGCAACAGCAGCAAUUGCUGCUGCUAGUGCUGCUGCUGCUGCUGCAGCAACAAGUCCCAAAGGCUGCAGAGCAGCAGCAGCAGCAGCAGAAUCGAGGCCCCCAACCCCCAGAAGAGACAACGGAGACAGCUGUCCCCUCACGAGGAGGGGCAAAGCAGCAGCAGCAGCAGCAGCAGCAGCUGCUGCAGCAGCAGCUGCAGCAGCAGGAAGAUCUCCAGGUACCGCCGCUACGUCUGAUGAGAAGGAACGACCGCAGCAGCAGAGGCGCAGCAAGAGCCUGCGGGGGAAGCAGCAGCAGCAGCAGCAACAGCAACAGCAGCAGCAGCAGCAGCAGCAGCAGCAGCAAUGCCGCACAUCCGCGAGACUAAGAAGGUCUUCUGUUGAGCCUGAUGGCGGCGAGGAGACAGAUGCUCUUGCUGCUGCUGAUGCAUCUCCCCCAGACCCAGCAGCAGCAGCAGCAGCAGCAGCAGCAGCAGCAGCAGCAGCAGGAGGUGUGCCUUCAUUCUGCUGCGACGAGAAAACAUAUCAAUGUCUCUUUCUCUCUCUACACAGCAGCAGCAGCAGCAGCAGCAGCAGCAGCAGCAGCAGCAGCAGGGGACCGCAGAGCUACAGUGAUAUGCUCAAUAACAAAGGCCUCCUCGCCCGCUGCUGCCUGCUGGAGGCUGCUGCUCUGCUGCUGGUUGCAUGCGGCGUGAAGGCAGACAGCAGCAGCAGGAAGCAGCUGCAGCAGCUUGCUGCUGCUGUUAGGGAUUUUAGUAUCGAGGAUGCAGCAGCAGCAGCAACUGCAGCAGCAGCUGCUGCUGCAGCAGCAGCAGCAGCAACACCCAGUGGCAACUCACCUGCUGCUGCUGCUUCGCCACCAGCAGCAGCUCUAAAGAACGGCAGCAGCAGCAGCAGCAACAGCAGCAGCAGCAGCAACAGCAGCAGCAGCAAGUCAGGGCUUGCAGCAGCAGCGAAGCCAUCUGCUGCAGCAUCCACAGCAGGCUCUUCUUCUUCUUCUUCUGCUGCUGCUGCUGCUGCUGCUGCUGCUCUCUGCUGCCAGCGGAAAGCUGCUGCAGCAGGAGACACAAGAGCAGCAGCACUGCGCCGUCUGUCUCUUCUCAACCGAGGUGUCUCCUGUUCUCUCUGCGGGCGUAUAGGCACAAGCUCUCAGCAGCAGCAGCAGCAGCAGCAGCAGCAGCAGCAGGGGUGCAGCAGCAGCGACAACCAGCAGCAGCAGCAGCAGCAGCAGGCGGCGCAGGGCCUGGAGAGACAGCAGCAGCAGCAGCAGCAGCAGCAGCAGCAGCAGUAG